AUGGAGUCGACAGCAGUGCAAAGCCCGCUCGGCUCACCCACUGAAGACAUCCAGUUACCUAUGGCAAUAGCAUCGAAUAACCGGCAACUUACUCGACAGCAAUGGCGGAGACUAAGGAAAUACCAACGUCGCAAAGAAAUUCGCCGUUCGGAUGCCAGAGCGAGAGAUGCUCGAAAGGAACAAGAAGCAACUGAUCCAGUGCUUAUUGCUAAAAGACUACAAGAGGAGAAGUUAUUGGAGGAAGAAAGACAAGAACAGAGAAGACGCUAUGAAGCGCGAGAGCAACAGUUUGAGCUUGCCGCAGCUCAUCGACGCCGUUUGGAAGAAGAGAAGGCGAAGAAAGCGCAACAGGAAACGAGCAUGAAAACCUUGGACCCAUCACUGGGGAUGUUGACACAAGCUGUACCAGGAGAUUUGCCCGCUUCGGCAGCCAUCGUAUGUAAUGCCAGGGCAAAUCAAUCCAUCCUGUCAGAUCGUCAAACGACCAUUCUUUCGCCAUUAGAGGCAGGCCGGUUAGCUGCAGCAAAGUUUCUGGAAUCUUUGAAGUCAAAGUCUGCCUUGAGCAAGAAUGGCAUUUCACCAACCGCUGAGGAAUCCGAAGAGCAUAAUACCAGAACCAUAACCGCGCGAUUGGAUGAGGAGCCUACCAAGGCGCCUCCAACUCCGCAAUUGCAUUCUCUUGCUGCAGAACUGAAGGAAAAGGCGUUACUUGUAUGUGCGUACCAUCAGAAAACUGGUUCUUGUCGCUUCGCGGAGUUUUGUAAACUACGCCAUCCGGAACCAACAAUAAAGAACACCCUGGUUAUGAAGAAUAUGUUUCAAUUUCCUGGAAAACAGACGGCAGGAGAUGAGUACACAGAUGAAGACGAGUAUUUCAGUGCCUUUUACGAGGAUGUGCAUGGGGAGUUUGCUAAGAUCGGUCGUCUCACUUGCUUCAUGGUCUGCCGUAACGAGGCGGUGCAUCUAAGAGGCAAUGUCUACGUCCAGUAUGCAAAAGAGGAAGAUGCUAUAUGUGCACAUAAAAUCAUGGACAGACGAUGGUUUGGAGGACGGCAACUGUCGUGCGAAUUUGUCCCUAUCAUUGAAUGGAACCAUGCGAUUUGUGGUCAUUAUGAGCGAGGUCGAUGUACCAACCCGAACUGCAACUUUUUUCAUGCUUUCCAAAAUCCAGGCGGCAUGUAUCGUAUUUGUAAUUUUGGCAACACUGGCGGUGGUAGCAUGGGAGUGGCGAAAGUAAAGCAUAAUGAACAUGGGGCGCAAGGGAAAAGUGAUUCGCGAUCCUGUGAGGUCAAGGACCCUAGCAGGGAGAAUCAAGGUGAUAAGCCACCUGGUCAAAGUGUCAAUCAGUCGGAUACAACGAAAGAAGUCAAAGAAACGCACAAAAAUGUAACAAACCCUCACAUUGUGUCAUCGGAAAUAAAACGAAGAACGGAAAGGGAUGAGAAGUCGGUGAGGAAGCGUGGUGACAAUGAGCGGCACAAAACGGCAACCCGUAAACGGCCGCGAAGCCGGUCAAGAAGUCGUUCUGCGUCACGGCGUAGAAGUCAUCGGCGCAAACGAUGA